AUGUGCUCGGUGCAGCUGCUGCGGGUGUCGGUACAUGAGCGGAUCAUUGCUGCUGCUGAAGACUUUCUGCUGCAGGUGGAAAAAGGAGAAGAACCGUCAGAAAUCCCGCUGAGAGCGCUGCUCACCGAGCGGCUAACGGCGGCUGCGGAGGAGAUCGUCGGUCUGUUGGAGGAAACCGUGGCGGAGUACGAAGACAGAGUGGAGAGAUCAGAGCGGGAGAUCUGCCGCCAGAGGAGGCUGCUCGAUGCUGUGCUGAAGCCCGAAGUCAAGCUGCUCAGAGCCGAGUGUCCUGCAGAAGUCCAGCAGCUGUUGGAGACUAAAGAAGAGGUUCUCCAUGAACAGGAGUGGAGCUCCAGUCUGGACCAGGAGGACCCAGAUCCUCCACGCAUUAAAGAGGAAGAGGAGGAAGUCUGCACCAGUCAGGAGGGAGAUCAGCUUCAAGGACUGGAGGAGGUUGAUAUCACCAAGUUUACUUUCACUCCUGUUCCUGUGAAGAGUGAAGAUGAUGAAGAGAAACCUCAGUCCUCACAUCUUCAUCAAACACUAACUGAUCAGAUGGAAACAGAAGCUGAUGGAGAGGACUGUGGAGGAUCAGAACCAGACAGGAACUCACAUCCAGACAGACACUUACAACCAGUUAGUGAUGACAACUCUCCAGACUCUACGGAAACUGAUGACAGUGAUUGUGAUUGGACAGAAACAAAUGAAGGUCAAUCAGGUUUCGAGGGUCCAAAAAACAGUGAAGCUCCUGAGAAUGACAUUGGAUCUCCGACAAAGGAACGACCCUUUCCUUGCUCGUAUUGUGGUAAAAGAUUUAGCCUUAAGGGAAACUUGAAUAGACAUAUAAGAGACCACACUGGUGAAAGACCAUUUCCUUGCUCUGGGUGUGAUAAGUCAUUUAAAGAUAGUGGAUCACUAACGGCACACAUGAGGUGUCACACCGGAGAACAGCCGUACAGCUGCUUAUUCUGUGGGAAGAACUUCAGUGGGAGAGGAAACAUGACCAGACACAUGAGAAUCCACACAGGAGAGAAGCCAUACACCUGCUCAGUGUGUAGUAAAAGUUUCCAUGUGAAAGAACACCUUAACAGACACAUGAAGUAUCACACUGGGGAGAAACCGUUCAGUUGUUCUGUGUGUGGUAAAGGUUGUGCCCAGAAAACAGAUUUAAAGAAACACAUGAGAGUCCAUACCGGAGAGAAACCGUACAGCUGUCCGUUCUGUGGAAAGUGCUGCGCUGAAAAAGGAGACUUGACCAAACACAUGAGAGUCCACACCGGAGAAAAACCAUUCAGCUGCAAUAUCUGUGGUAAAAGUUGUGCUCAGAAGGGGAGCUUGAAGAUUCACAUGAGAGUUCACACAGGAGAGAAACCGUUCAGCUGCUCCGUCUGCAGCAAACGUUUCACUGUGACGGGACAUCUGAAGAGACACAUGAAGCUGCACACAGCCGACAGUCAGGUGACCAAGUCUGCAGAUCCAUCAGGCAAAGUAAAUCAUGAAGUUGACACUGAACCGGCAAACAGUCAGGAGGAAAGAUGAAUCCGUGAAGUCAGUCACAUCUGGGCUCAUGUUUAUCACGCCUGGCCUCCCUCAUACAGGGAUGUUCAUUAUCCAACACUUUUAGAUCAACUGCCAUCAGUGACUUCAGUGAUCAAAAUACAUCCAUUGAUAUCGUGGAAUAUGAGACGAGGGUGUAACCUCCAGAGAACGUGAUGCCUCGUGGAUCCAGAGACAGAUCAGAAGAACAGCUCAUCCUGUACUGAAACACGCU